UUCCUCAUUACAGGGACAACAAAAAGCAACAAACAAAACGCCAAAAUCUCCAAAGUCUUCAGUUUCGACAGAGCAAUCAAUUCCCGUCCAAUAACGCGCCACCCAACAGGAUGGGCAACGCCCAUGGCCACCGCAACAAGCACCGCCACGACCCACGUCCACCAAACGUCGCUUUCCCCAAUAAAUUCGUCCCCCAACAAGCCCACAUCCCCCAUGAUCAUCAUAGCCACGCUCCUCCAGAUCCAGCGUCCUCGACCCGAGACGGCCGCGCAAUGGGGUCUUUGCCGUACGCCCACGUCGACUCCGCCCUCCGGAGCCUCGCCGGCCAAGCGGAGGGGUUCGGCCGCUCCGCCGUCGGCGGCCUCCGCGGCCCUCUCUACCGCGUCACCACUCUGGCCGAUGAUGGGCCAGGAUCGCUUCGUGAUGGGUGCCGCAGAAAAGAACCCCUCUGGAUAGUUUUUGAAGUCCCGGGCACCAUUCAUCUCUCGUCUUACUUAAAUGUGUCUUCCUAUAAGACUAUUGAUGGCCGUGGCCAAAGAAUAAAAAUCACUGGGAAAGGUUUGAGGUUGAAGGAAUCUGAACAUGUCAUCAUUUGCAAUCUAGAAUUUGAAGGCGGUAGGGGACCGGAUGUCGACGGCAUUCAAAUAAAGCCCAAUUCAAAGCACAUAUGGAUCGACCGUUGCAGCCUCCGUGAUUAUGAGGAUGGCCUUAUUGAUAUCACAAGGCAGAGUACAGAUAUCACCAUUUCUAGGUGUCACUUUUCAGCUCAUGACAAGACAAUACUCAUUGGAGCAGAUCCCUCCCACAUUGAGGACCGAUGUAUAAGGGUGACCAUUCACCAUUGUUUUUUCGAUGGAACUCGACAACGACAUCCCCGAGUGAGGUUUGCGAAAGUACAUCUGUACAACAAUUACACCAGAAAUUGGGGCAUAUAUGCUGUUUGUGCUAGUGUAGAAUCACAGAUAUUCUCCCACUGCAAUAUCUAUGAAGCUGGUCAGAAAAAGCUGGCAUUCAAAUAUCUCACGGAAAAGGCUGCUGACAAGGAAGUCGCAGGCACUGGUCACAUAAGAUCUGAAGGGGACUUGUUCAUGGCGGGAACUCAAUCAGGUCUAAUGACUGAUAAAGCCAAACACUGCGUGUUUCAUCCUAGCGAAUACUAUCCCACGUGGACGGUGGAACCUCCCACAGAUUCACUCAAGCAGGUUCUACAACAUUGCACAGGAUGGCAGAGUGUGCCUCUGCCCGUUGAUCACGGAGUCGCUGCAUAGCGCGUACCUCACCGUGUUUCUUGUCUUAUAAAUAUCUAUGGUCCUUUUUUCACACCCUUGUAUUUCAGGUCUAAAUUGCAGACAGAGCUUUCUUCUCGCAUAUACUAGUAGCAAGGACGUAAUUGUUGACUGGGGAUCAAAAUAAAAGUAUGGUGUCAAAGUAUAUGCUGGCCUUGAUAAGUUUUGAUACAAGCUGUUUCAUUUCGGAUCCA